UGUUGUGCUCGGGAAAGUAGGGGAUGCUGGACGGAGACGUUUGAGCAUGAUGCUCGGGAGCAAAUGUGGAGAAGAACUUGCAGUUGUUUCUAGGAGUCGAAACAUUCGAAACAAUCGCGUUCUGUGCCGCGCUCGUCAAUAUCCCCUCUUCGCCGCGGCCGGACAGCCUUCGAAAUCAAGUUGCUCCAAAUGUCAUGGAACGCUCAGCCGUCAGAAGCGGAGCCUAGCCCUCAAGUUCAGCUUUCUCGGCCGUUCCGAUCCCGCAAGCUAAGGCCAUGUGACGGUUGCCGAAGAUCCAAAAGUCGCUGUGCCAUUCCUCAAGGCGGCCCCCCUUGCUUGGAGUGCCAGCAAAUGGGAAAGCAAUGCACCUUCGAUGAACUUCCUCCAGAACGAAAGAAACCCAAGCCUCCUCCUGCCCCAGCCGUCGCAACAACCUCUCAAGCCACCGUCGACUCUCUGAAACCCGCCAAAUCAGUCAUUGUCAAGCGCCCGCGUAGCCCUGAUGAAGGGGGCUCUGCUGCGCUACAGGCCCUCAGCUAUGCUGCGGCCCAGGAGAAGCGUUUAAGGACAGGAGACUCGGAACACGCUUCGCUAGACCUCUCCAUUGGAAGAUCUCUUGAUCCUCAUGUCAUCACUACACUACUCACAGACGACCUGCUUCCUAUAGGGACACGGCAAGCCGGUCCGGAGGACACACCUCUUUCAGAAACUGCCCACAUUCGACAAAUAUCUUGUGAUCGCUCAAAGCCGCAGUAUAUCAUCUUCGCCAAGAACCGGACAGGGAUCAAUUCAAGUCCGGGAAAGAAGCAGCUGGCCACCUUGAAGUCAUGUCUGUCUUUGCUCGACCCACCGCCCUCGGAAGAAGCCCUGGCAGACAUCUAUCUUGGGCUAUCUAAUCCUGCCUUUCCUUUGGUCUUCAUCCCCCCAGAUGACCAACAGCCGAUCGACAGUUUUCUCUACUCUCGCAUGUGCCUGACAGCGCUCAACCACUGUCGGCAGUACCGUGCGGCCCGAGCCUCGAUCGAGAGUCUCAUGACUUCCAGCGAAGACAUCCCCCGAAAUCUCCCGUCUCGCUUAUCCAGCAUUUCUACUGCUCUGCUGGAACUGUCAGCACGACCAGUCAAUGACGUCGAGGCCAACUAUCUGUUGUUAGCUCGCACCAUUGCUCAAGCUCAAUUGCUCGGGCUUCAUAUCAAUCCUUCAGCAUGGGCCCUGCCUUCUUGGGAAAAGGAGCUUCGACGCACCUUGUGGUGGUCUCUAAGGAUUCAUGAUGCAUGGAUGUCAUUUCUCAACUCCCGGCCGUCGCACAUCCAAGCCGAUAACCAUGCUAUUGCAAUAUCAGACAUACUUGGUCUGAUAUCUGCUUCCAACUCCAUGUACGCUCCAGAUUCCGUUCGAUCUCCGCAGAGUUUUGUUUCGCUUUGCCGACUGUCGCUGCUCUGCUCUCGCCUGCAGACUGAGGUCUGCACCUUGGCUUCCAGUAUGUUAGCACCGUCAGAACGGUUAUCCAGAGUCAAGAUCAUCGAGGAGGAGACGGAGAUGCUGCUGGUCGAGGUUCGUCGCGACGAAACUGGGCGGGUCUCUUCCUCUGGUGUCGCGUCACUCAUGACUUGUAUUCUGGGGUUCCGGUGCAUGCUGCGUCGCAUAUCGAUUGAACUAAGCAUCGGGUUAGGUAGUCCAUUUACACCAGAUCCAGCCACUCUAGAGAUGUAUGCAGAGGCUGUAGACUUUAUCUGUGCUUUGGACAGCCGUGCAUUUGACAGCUUUUGGCUAAACUACGUUGGACACAUAAUUUCUUCACUGACCUCCUCUCUCAUCCGGCUGAGCCUGGCGACGUCCUCUCUACCCUCGGCAUCCAUGCCCGGGCAACGGUCGUCCAACUCAGUCCAGGCCAGCCCUCGAACGAUGCCCCUGAUAAUGCUGUGUCGCCUGCAACGGGCUUUGCAGGCGGCACAUCGGGAUUACAUGUGGGAUCUGGCCAGUCCAGCCCUAACCCGAGCCGAGGCUGUCAUCAACUGUCUUAAAUCAUCCGCCGAGUAUACCAGUGUCGUUUCGGCCCUCGAGGGCACCUACGAGCCAGACGCCGUCGCCAGCAGCGACCACAACUCCACAGCAAGCCAUGAGACAGCAAGCCCCAUGCCCGUGGAUUAUGGCUACCACAUCGAUCUCGGCGCUUUCGGCCUGGAUUGGAGCGGCGCAGAUUCCGGUCUGACUGGCAUGUGGGGCCCUGCCACAGCAGGAGAAGGGCAUAUGCAUAAUAAUAUCCUACCCAUGUAUACAGAUUAAUUGCCGCUAAAAUCAGUAGGAAUAAAUAAACACAUCGAGUUCAUGCAUCCAUGAGCUGCCAAACAGGGCUCUUGACAGAUGACUGACAGUGGCAGGGCGUUGAUGGAAAAUUACCGUGCCACUGAUUGGCAUUUUGUACUGAACCGCGUUUUCGAUGGGAUGGCAUCCCAAGCGGUAUUUUACGACCUCAAGGCUCAGAACGAUCCGCCACGACCCGGAGGACCUUCCAAAAUACAGAUAGCCUGCUCAGCAUGGGACAAUCAGGCCUUGCAUAUGCCGAACAAAGGCGAAGUGAUCGCGGAGUGGAUACUCACAAGACUAUUCAAGGAUCGCGCGCAGAUCAACUCCCAAAAUCCCAUCCUGGAUGCGCGUUACUGGACCCUGUUGUCUCGAAUCCUGGGGCAGGGAUCCACCACGGGAAAUCACUGGCUGCUCCCCGUCCUCAAUCGCGUCGCCGUUGCGCCCAUCUUCAUCACAUUCCUCCACCUGAUCGAAUCUGUGACGGACGACACGCUUCCGCUGCUCGUGAGUGGCGUGAGGCACACUUUCAGCGUGGUCUGGCCAGUCGCCGCGCCAAAAAUUAACGCGGAGACGCUUCUCGAGCUGUACGGGAGAUACAUCGAGUGCUGGAGCGUGGCGGCGUUGAGGAAUGAUGCGGUGCAGGCUAUUGGCGUCUCUGUCAUGUCGGCCAUCCGAGGUUCUGCAAGCAAUUCGUCGAAUAAGAAGAAGCUUUGCACGACAUUCAUUCAAAACUAUCUGAGUCAAUGGAUCCAAGCGGUAUCAGAACCGUCUGCGACGCAGGAGCCCAUAUUCUCCACGGCUGUCGACAUUCUCUUCAGUCUGGAUACGCUCCGACAGCGACAUGACGAAGGAAACGCACUUUUUGUCCAGUUGAAGACUCUCCCGCACCCGGAUGCCGUAUAUGCUGCUCUCCCUCGACUAUUCGCGGCAUUCGUGCAGCGGACGAAGCGGAAUCGCAAUGCCCUGUUUGGCCAGGGUUCGAGUUCCGGCACGCAGCUGUCGUCCGCCGUCUCGCAGCAGAUCAACGCAUCAUGCUUUGCUUUCUUCGAUGCGGCGCGGCAAAUCUUGGAGACGGGGGCACCACCAGCAACGGCUUCGCGAUGGGAGGCUACUAGCGCGUUGUUGGCGGUCGUGCGUGAUGAAAAUCUGUUCACGGGUGAAAGUCAGCAGAGUUUGUUGGCUAUUGUGCCUCUUGUUCUGCAGCAUCUGCAGUCCAGCAGCGUUCAGAAGGGAUCAGCCAGUGCCGUUGAUUGCCUGUCAAAGCUGGUGGAGAUCGAUUUCAGCCUCGUCGAGAGCCAUUUGUCGUCCAUCAUCGCCGAGUUACUCAAUAUCUCAGACCCUUCCCCUCCAAUGUUCGACUUUCUACAGUUGUGCCUCGACUACCACGUGAAGACCAGAACAUUACACGAUCACGUGGAAAUAUUGUUCGCGGGCUUACCCAAACAGCGCGUGACGGAAGCUCCCGAAUCAGAAUACCUGCGCAAAAGCAGGAGCGCCCCUCUCCAUCCGGAAUACCUGUCCUCGUUGGCAGACGCAGUCAGCAAGUUCAUGACCCCCACGCAGAUUCCGCACGUGAUUACAUCGGUCCUGGCCCACGUCCAGUCCUUCCUGUCCGACAAAUUGGCGUUGACGCUGUCCCUUUGCGAAGGGAUCGCGUCUGUCGUCCUGGUCUCGCUGCCGAUACAUACUCUUUCAGAGACAGUGAAAUCAGAGGCGGAGCAAGCACUCGCCGAGUUCCGCACUGAGCUUCUGCCGAAAAGCAUCAGCAAAGCGCUGAAGCAUGCACAAAAGUCCGCGUCUUGGGACUCCCAGGGGACUGCGGCCGCUCUCCUCCGACUGCUGUAUGCGUUGAAAGGGCCACCGGCCCGGAAAAUGCGCGACAUGAUGUUUCGUGCGCUGGACGAGAUGCCAGACAUGUUGCCGGAGCUUCGCCUCGAGAUGCUCCGUGUUUUACUGUCGUGGUCUGCUGGAGAUGGCAGCGAGUCGCCUGUGGCGAGGGCCCUGAAUUAUCUCAAGACGAAUGGCGGGGCUUGGAGCGGAACCCUGCCUCACGUACCGACUGCUCUGACUGAGAACGAAGCAGUCUUGGCUGUGCUUUGGAUGCUUCUGGACAGGUGGCUGUUGCUUGUAGACGCCAUUGGGACAGCUGACGAACUUACGUGUCUAGUGCAAGUGCUGUUUUCCGUUCCUCUGGAUUCUGGCGCCAGCCCCAUCAUUCUCAGCACAUUAACAUCUGCCGAAUUCUGGGAGUUGCCUAACAUAAGGACUUCACUGCUCGCUCACGUAGACCGAUGCACGGCCAGCCAAACAUCCUCAGACAUUGGUGCUGUGUUCCGCAUCCUGGCUGUGAUCCCCGCAGAAUACUUCCCGCGCUCGAUCAGGGUCGAGCUGGUUCGGCGCGCAAUUGUGGCAGACAUGCAAUCUGGCUUGCCUGUCGAGGACAUGUCUCUUUCGCGGCAGUUUGUCUACAACAUGCUUCUAUCGGCAGACCACAAUUUGUCUGAUCCCUUGUAUCUGCGGCACAUCGUGCAACAAAACAUCGCGUCCAGUGCAAAACUCUCCUCGGUCGAUCAGGAAUUGGUAGAUAUCCUGCUUGUGUAUGUUUCCAUUACCAUCCUGGUCUUGUUGGCUUCAUCAUCAUCCCCUCGCAGAUCCUCGUUGAAGUCCUCUGAGGCGGAAACCAGCGAGCACCUGGUGGCUCUCCUCCAAUCAUGCACUCCUUCAACGGGCGAAUACACAUCUGCCUUAUCUCAAGUACUGACCAAAAUCGUGGCCGUGCUGAUCCGGGACUUUUCUGUGGCUAGUCUGCCCAACAUCGUCCAGCAAGCACUGUCGCGCCUGAGGCAGGCCAUGCUUACCACAUGUCGUGCUGACAUCAGCCGUCUUUACACGCGCCCGGAACUCAUGGAUCUUUGGCUGCAGACUGUGCUGCUGGGGAGAUGGCUUGGUCAGAGCGAUGAGCUGAUGAUCGGUGUGAAGCUGUGCGCUGCAGUUGGUGGCCCAGAGUCCGUGGCUGUCGCCUUCACUAUUCUCGUCGAAGAAUACCACGCGACGGCGGACAAGCAGGCCCACCUAGGCGCGGUCCUUGCGGCCUACAUCAAAUUCUUCAGCAAUGAGGACGCCCGCGCACAGUUGGAUGAUCGGCUGGGCCAGCUGAUACCAGUACUGGCCGCUGUUGAUUUCUCUUACUGCCUGGAGCUGGUGUUCGAGUUUCUGGAAACCGCUGAACCUGUCGUGUUACCGUGCUUGGUCCAUCUUGCCGGCUUGAUAUUGGAUAGACAUCCUCCUGGAACACUCAAGCACACUCAAAAGUACCUAUCAGACGCUCUCGCCGUAUUUGCGGAUCGUCCAGAGUUCACGUCAGGGCCGCUCGCCUUGCGUCUUGAAGUGCUGGAAUUCGUCAAGCGACAUUGCUAUGAUCACCCUGCUUCUCUGCGGUCCCAGGAUGUCGGUGAGAUCUGGUUGCUAUUCGCCAAAUUCCUGUGCAAAAGCAAGGAGCGGGAUGCCGAAACGACCGCGCGCAUCUUCCACGAUAUCGUUGGCGCGACGAGCGCUCUCAUCCGCCUCCGGCGGGACCUUGUCCUGGGCUGUUUGCCGAAUCUCACGCUGGUGCUCCAGCGACUGAUUGCCGCCAUGAGGGGGGUCCGGCCCCAGCUCGGGGCGAAACAGACGGCCGCCGUGACGGGCACCCUUCCCCGCUGGAUCACAGCCGGCUCCCCGCUCGGAACCGAGGAAGCGAAGGCGCUCUCCCGUCUGCUCGAAGGGCUGAUCACGAAAACGACUAUCCGGGCGAAUUCGUCGCACGCGGAGGCGCAGCAGGCCGAGUCUCUGGCCCGUCCGUUUUCGAAGCAUGCCGCGUAUGUGAUACAGACGUACGUGCACGCGAUGAACGACCCGCUGUGCAUUCUGCCCACGGAUGUGCGCCGGGAACUGCGCCCGGGGCUGUAUGCGCUCUGCAGCAUGAUCAACGAGCACAGCCGUGACGCCGUGACUGUGUCUGCGUUCGAUGCGGGCGGCAAAGCGAUCAUGAAAACGCUCUGGGCCGAGUACGAGAAACAGCGGUACAUCGGCAAGGGAUAGUUUCUAUUCUACUUGUCUAUGCAAUGUCUACUCCGCCUUGUCUUUCGGCACUCGGCGAACGUAGACGUCCUGGUGAAAGUCGUGCUCUUGAGACGUGCCCUUCCUGACGAAGCCUGCUGCAGCCUUUUCUGAGGCAAGUUCCUUCACCACGGACAAAAAGUCCUGGACCGCAGAUUCGGAGGUCUGGAUGUGCACCACCAGCCGAGAACCGCCGAGGACCAGGGGCUCAGGGAGCUGGCUCGCCCUUUCUGCGAUCUCAUCGUAGGUGACACCGACAGUGGAUGCGUCGUAGAAGAUCUGCAGUUUGACGGUCAACGGCAGAAGCUGGGAGGAGGGCGGGGACUGUUACCAUGCACGUCUCUGCGCGGCUAGUAAUCCCACACCGAUCUCCUCGAGCCCAGCUUCAAGCCUGCGAGUGAGCUCGUGCACCUUGGGAAGCAAAGGGAAGUUGUGAGUCAGCGCGUAGGCUGCGGAUGCCGCGAGGACACCGGUCUGGCGCAUGCCUCCGCCAAACAGCUUGCGGAACCACCGCGCCUUGGCGAUGAACGUCUUGGAUCCGACGAGGCAGGACCCCACCGGCGCGCCUGCACGUGACAGUCAGUGACCCACAGAGGGAUCGCACAGCUCCUUCAUUGAGGUUUGGGUCUCCGCUGCCACAUGCCACAGCCGGGCGCCGUCCAGGUGCAUCUUCUUACCCUCCGAGUGGACGUACUCUGAAAUGGCGAUGAUCUCUGCCUGCGGAAGGAUCGUCCCGUUCAGUGUGUUUUCCAGCGAGACAACCUCGGUGGGAGCACUACCGGCAGUCAAUCAGCAACUCCAUUUCAAAGGAAGCAAUGGAUUCGACCGACAAAUGGACGUCGCUUCCGAGAAUCAUGUUCUUCUUGACGUCCUCGAGGGUGAGGUGAUGCCCUGGUGACGCUGAGAGUUCGGAUCCAGAGCCCCGGACAAAGCGACUGAACUGACCGUUGGCCGGAAACACGGGCGUGACAGCAGCCCCGGAGUGGAAUCCGCAGCCGCCCGCCUCGUAUCUGAAGAUGUGCGCCCUGUUGUCGCACAUAAUCGUGUACGGCGGCUGGGUGAGAUGAGUCCGCAGCGCGAUCUGGUUCGACGCAGUGCCAGACGCGACGAACAUCGCGGCCUCCUUGCCCGUGAUCUUGGCCAUGUGUUCCUCCAGCUUUUUCGUAGAAGGUUCUAGGCAUGUCAUCGUUGGUAUGCAGCAGCGGGUCGCGGCUCAAGUCGCCCACCAGCGUAGACGUCGUCCCCCAGCGUCGCGAGAGUCGCGUACUGAUACAUCUCCUGGGUGGGAACUUGCGCAGACAGGGAGUGUCAUCGGCGUGUCGUUCAGAAGACAGGCCACAUAGAAGAAUACCUGUUAUGGUGUCGGCUGGACCAACGCCACAGGUUGGUUAUCACGUCCGAGAUCGAUAGAAACGGCGGAUAGACAUACAUAUGAACGUGCGGGCUAUCUCCUUCCGUUUGGCAGCAUUGUCGUCAAUGUGCGUCGGGGCGAGGAUGUCGAACUUGAUUUCCUCAGCUAUGGUCGAAAAGGCGGUCAUCCUGGUAGUCAAGAGAAGAAACUGGAAUGUCAAUUUCGAUCGCGAGAGUCUGACUCCGAUUCGAGAGCUCAGUGCAAACAUUGGUCCGGCCGAGGAGAUGGGUUUGAUCGAUCACAUCGAUCAUUCUUCUUUGUACCUUUCCCAUUGAAGGCCGGGCUGUCUUGUUGCAGCGAUCCUCACAAUAAGCACACCGCUAUGGAGUAAUAUCGGAUGCGCUCUCGCAACUUCACGCCCAUUCAGAUAGUGGACGCCAGAAAAGCCUCAAGCUAAAGUUAGCCAGGCACCCGGAUCAAUCAUCCCGUGGUCCGUAUCGGUGAUUGCCGAGCUUUCAAGAUUUUUCGCGGAUGUCUGCAAUCAGUGGUUGUCAUCCUUACUUUCUACUUGACUCUCGAUGGGCAACGGUGCAAAGGCUGCUCAAAAGCGGGAGCGCAAUGCCGACAAGGCCAAGGCUGGAAGCAAGAGUCAGGCCAAGUCCAACGAGGCGGCUAAAUCUAUCGUGUGCGUUACCUGCAGACAAACUUUCCUGGUGACCACCCGAGGACCCGCCCUCGAGGAACAUGCGCAGAACAAGCAUUCCAAGACACUGGCCGACUGCUUCCCGACAUACUCUGCAUGAUCAUCGUCCCACUUACUUUUCACUCCUCACGCUCCUGGGCAUUAUCAACCAUCUGUUGUAUCUCAUAUUAGACGAAUUCUAUGGUGUUUAGACCGC